GUUUAGCUGAACAAAGAAAGUUAUACAUGUUUGGAACAACCCGAGGGUUAGUAUAUGAUGACAGAAUUUUCAUUUUUGGGUGAACUGUCCCUUUAAUUAUACAAACUGAUAUAAAAAAUAAUAUACGGGUAAUUUUUACAUUUAAAACCCUAACACUUAUUUUUCCAGGUUUAUUGAAGAGAAUUUAAAAGAGAUCAGGGAAUUGUUGGAAAGCUCAAUCUCAAGUAUUGUGGAAGGAUUUAUGAAAAAUCUCUAUCGGGUCCUCUAUUCUUAACUGCAGUCAGGUAUAAAUAAUAGAAAUAAUUCUUAAUAAUGCUUAGGCCUACAUUCAAGUGCUCAAACACAGUUCCUAUAAAACAUUCAUGAUGCUGCACAAUGUAUAAGAUGAUUUAAAUAAUAAAAAAUAUAUGCUAAAGUUUUUAUGUUAUACAUUAUAUAGCCAUUGUUAAUAUAAUAAAAAUAAGGUUAAAUAACAUAUUUCACAAAAAAUACCCUUUUCCUUUUGACAAACAUUUGUAAUGUAGACCAGUGUUGUAGUAGGCUACAGGGACAGUCGACCUUCACAGUGAGUUUAGUGUAAGCAAUGACAAAAAAUAAAAAGCAGAAAAAAAUACAGUGAAAGAUCAGGGUUUUUUUGUCAAAACUUGACCUUGUUAGUUUCAAAAUUUAAGACAUGUUUUAAAUCAUUUAAAAUCAAUAGAGCACGAUGGCUUUAUUAUUGAAUAUGUUAUUUUAAAAAGGUGUAUGCAUAGAUCUGUUCUUGCUAAAGGGGAUUUAUCAUUGCUUAUUUAGCCACACAUAUUGUCUAAAUAUUGACUGACUCCACCUGCAUAUCACAAUAGUUUCACCACAAUACUUAGACCAUCUUAACUAGAAAAGAAAGUGCUUACUGUGCAACUGCAUUUGCCUUAAGUUCCAAAGUCCCUCAGACUCACAACUGUGUUAGAGCUCACAAAAAUGCAUUCUGUACUGGCACACUCAAUCUUGCACAUCAUCAUCUAUUAAUCAGAAUAGAAAACGUAAGGAAUCCUAAUGGAAGUAAUGAUUAUAAUGUGAAUUGCAUUGGUUUUAAUGGACACUCUUUGUGCGUUGGCUUCUAUUGUUGGGGUGUUAUCUGGUAGAUGGGAACCAACAGAACACCAUUAAAUCCUACUGGGGACAAAGUCACUACAUAGCCUAAGGGAAUUUUGUAAUGGUUUUAUUGGGAAACAGCUGCUUGUUUACGUUUGUAAUGUAAACCAAUAGGCCUAGAUGUUUUUUCCAGCAGGGUCAACACUGUUUAUCUUUAAUCUCAUCCAUAUCGCUAAAAGAUAAGUGGGUGCUUGUAGAUGUGAACAUGGACUUGUGACGCGUUUAAAAAUUAAUUUCUCUCCGCGAGGAUGAAUCGCAGGACGUGUUUAAACAUCGACACGCCACAGACGCUCGUGCAGUGAAGAUGAUCGACUUUGCGCAGAUCCUCGCCUCUGUCGGCGAGUUUGGGCCGUUUCAGAAGCGCUUGCUCUUGGCGGUAUGUCUCCCCAACAUCUUCACGGCUUUCCACAUGUUUAGUCAAGUCUUCACCGCCAUCAGCUUCCCACACAACUGCAAUACCGACUGGAUCUUAAAGGGGGGUCAUAACCUGACCGAUGAGAGACAGAUGAACCUCACCGUUCCUCUGGACAGUAAUGGACAGUAUGAGAGCUGUACGAUGUUCACACCUGUUGAUCUGGAGCUGGAUGUUAUUGAAGCUUAUGGAAUAAAUACAUCAACAUCAUGUACAGACGGAUGGGAUUAUAAGGCACCAGAAGGUAGCAGCACUCUUAUAACUGAGUUUGACCUAGUGUGUGAAAAUAGGAUUUUUAAUGAGGCAUCUCAGUCCAUCUACAUGGCUGGACUUCUUAUUGGUGCUCUACUGUUUGGGCCAAUGGCAGACAAGUAUGGCAGGCGAUUUGUUACCCUGAUUUCCUUGUUACUGCAGUUUGUGUUUGGGGUGGCAGUUGCAUUUUCCCCCAACAUUUAUGUCUACAUAGCCCUCCGCUUUGGGGUGGGCACCACCAUAUCAGGUAUCUCUAUCAACACGUUUGUUCUGGGAUCUGAGUGGUGCGGUUCAUCUAAGCGGGCCCUUUUUACCAUAUUGUCUCACUGCUUUGUGGCUGUUGGUCUGAUGUUGCUGUCUGGUUUGGCCUACGGGAUCCGCAAUUGGAGGAUUUUACAGCUGGUUUUGUCUGCACCAGCUGGACUUUUCGUUAUCUAUUACUGGAUACUUCCAGAAUCAGCCCGGUGGCUUCUGACUCAGGGUAAACAGGACAGGGCCAAGAAGGAGAUUCUGAAAGCUGCCCAAAUCAAUGGCAGGACGGUUCCUGAAAAUCUGCUUGACAAGAUAGAGGCAGAGAACACAGCCAAAACAGGCACCAUGCUGGAUCUGUUCCGUGUGCCUUACCUGAGAAAGAGAGCUCUCAUCAUGAGCUACAUGUGGUUUGUGACAAGCCUGGUUUAUUAUGGAGUCAGUCUGAACGUGGGAAACUUUGGCCUGGACAUUUACCUGACUCAACUCAUCUUUGGCAUUGCAGAGCUUCCAGCCCGCCUCAGCUGUUUCCCUCUGAUUCAACGCUUUGGACGUAAGAUUUGCCAAAGUGGCGUGCUGCUCCUCGGAGGCAUUGCCUGCCUUGUUAUUCCUGCUAUACCAACACAGUACCCUAUAGCCAUUACUGUGAUGGCAGUGAUUGGAAAUUUCUCCCUGGCUGCAGCCUUCUCUAUAGUUUAUGUGUACACUGCUGAACUGUACCCAACGGUUGUCAGGCAAAAUGGAGUGGGACUAAACUCCACGUGUGCACGUAUAGCUGGGAUUCUGGCUCCUAUGAUCAGCUUGUUGGAUGUGUAUCAUCCAUCCAUCCCAAUGGUCAUAUUUGGCUCUCUUCCUUUUCUGGGCGGAGCUCUGACCUUUCUGCUCCCAGAGACACGUAACACAGAACUUCAGGACCACACUGAAGUCCCCGUGGAUGAGAGCCUGGUAUCAAAGAAGGCGAUUAUUGAAAAUGGGCUGAAUGAGGAACAAGAAAUGUCUCUCAAGAGCACAAAAUUAUGAGAUUUAUUCCUUACCUAUUUAUAAAAUGGUAGGGUUUUUUCAUAGAUUUUUAUUAGUGUGUGUGAAAAAGCGGGUGAAGGUAAACAGCAAUGUGACUGUUCACUUCGAUGUUUCAGGAAACACGUUUGUAAUAUUUUAUUGAUUAAGAUACAUUUUUAUUGUAUUUUUGUAUUUUAUCUUUAAUAUGAAAUGUAGAGAAAACAAAUGUUGUGUUCAUCAUUAAACCCUUUGCAGAAUUCAUGUCUACCAUCA